AUGCAGGAUGACAGGGAAACCGCCAAGCAACGCCUGCAGCGACUCAUCCGGGACUUCGCCCACGACGCUGUUGGCACUGGCUUGGCAGUCGAGGUGAGCACCGAGGAAUCCUCGGAGGACUCCUUUCAGGGGACGUUGCGGCUGGAUCGACGUCUUAGCCAGGUGGAGAUCUGGCGGCCCGGAGAAGGCGCGUCCUCUACCCUCACUCUGCCGUUCAACCAGGUGAAAUCUGUUGCUAAAGUUGAGAUCGCUGACUUUGACAUCAGUGAGGCGAAAGAUGUGGAUGCAUCCUCAUUGACCAUCGAGAGCCAUCAGAAGCCGACCAUCAGGCUCAAUUUCGAUUCCGUUAUGUCCCGGGAUCGGGCGUACACAUGUCUGAGGAUAUUCCACAUGUCCAUUGAUCAGCCCGUCGCAGCGGGAUAG